AAGGUUCCAUUCUAUAUACACACCAUGCAAUUUCAACCACUAGUUUCUCUUUAAAAAACCCGGAUUGGAUAAAUUUGAGGAACUCUCACUGUAGAGAGAAAUUGUUCUUAUGAGUGACAGAAAAAUGGCAUCACUAGUAUCAAACACAAGAAUGAUAAGUGCAAGAAAUGAAGUGUAUGUGGCAGCAAUGCCUCUAAGGGCUACAAAGGGUCCACCCCAAUUGCUUAUGUCUGCUGCCUAUUCCCUUAAUUUAUGGGAUUUUCAGCAUCUCAUGGUCAUCAUCAAACCUUCAUCCUCUUCACAGGUUCUGGUUUUUGAUUUUCAACCAAAAGAUCCUGAAAAUAUAUAUAUAGCCCUAUCAGCUUUAUUUGGAAGAGCUGUGCCAGGAGCUGUUCUUGUGAGGAAAUUAAACAAGCUGCCGCGAAGCAAAUGCUGGUUGGUUGGAUAUGCAGAAACAGAUGCUGUGGAAAUAGCAAAUGAAUUCAACAGAAAAUACGAAACAGAUUUGAGAAUCGGUCUUAAUGAUUGUCGCGAUUAUACAAAUGGUUUGAUCAGGGAACUCACCGGCGAAAAAGAUGUGCUCAAACGUUUGAGAAACCUUGGUGGAUAGAGGUACUAUGGUGCUAAUUCAUAGGGACACAAAUGGUUGGAUGAACAUCUUCUGUAUUGAAGAAUGUAAUGUGCUUCUCAAUAACUUGCUCAAUAUUACAGACUUGAAUGAUACUUUCUCUGAUGUGAAGACUCAUGUAUUUCUCAUGGAUCCUCCAACUUUGAUUAACCACAUUCAUUCUUUUGUUAUUCAAGAAGAAAGCAACCGCAAAAAUCUGAUGCAAAUUGAAGACAAUUCUAUUUUGGUUAAUGUUGCACAAAGACUUGAUUUCAAUCACAGAAAACUUUCAUAAGAAUUCAAAUAGGGUAUGCACUUUCUUUCAUCAUAAUAGUCAUACCAUUGAUUUCUGCUAUCAAAAAUAUAGACAACAGGAACAAACCUUA